UGCUGGUUUUGCGUGCUGCAUCCAUAAUGGGCUUGGGUUCAAAGCACAGACACUGAUACCUGCAAAUUUCUGCAAAGUAACCGAAUAAUAAUCUGAAUUUCUGUCAUCGAAGCUGAAACAUAAACUUAUUAGGUGAUCUAUAUCACAAAACAAGGCCAGGACUGAAGUUGUUCUACACCAAACUCGAUCAUCAACGCCUUUAUGGAACUUGCUUUGUGCACUGGUGUGCAGCCAUAUUGGAACAGGAAGUGGCCAUCCCCAAACUGUUCCCUCAAAGUUGGGAGCAUGAGAUUAUCCAACAAGUCUCGAUAUGCUGGAACUAAGGCGGAGCCCAACUCCUAAAAACAGCUCCACAUCACAAUCCUCCGAUUAUUCAGUCAGACAAGUCCCGUUCCCCUGGCAUCUACCAAACCCAGACUCUUCCAUCGGAUUGCCGGAUGUAGACGUGUAAUUGGUCCCUCUGGAGAACACCUAACAUUACAGUUCCGGUAGCAGCUCUGCAGUGUUAGCUGUAGCUUGACGCUGGUUUGCGGAGAACGCGCAGAGCCGCUGCCGCACACGGAGCGACGCUGACGGACUCGGUGUGACUGACUUUGGAUUUUUGUGGUUUGUGGAGCAGCGUGGGGACUGGAAACAGGGAGAAACAGCCGGAAAACAGAUAUUUAAGUCGGUUUGGAACGGCGGAAUGGCGGACCGGGACCCGGUGCCGCUUCCUGCGGAGGUGCGGGCCAAACUGGCCGAGCUGGAGCUGGAGUUAUCCGAGGGUGACAUCACACAGAAGGGCUAUGAGAAGAAGCGAUCCAAGCUGAUUGGAGCCUACUUACCUCAAGCACCAGGAAUGGAUCCGUCCAUGGGCCAGGAGAGGAGAACGCCCGUCACCCCGUCGUCGUCCUCCCGCUACCACCGCCGGCGGUCUUCUGGCUCCAGAGACGAACGUUACCGAUCAGAUGUGCACACGGAGGCGGUGCAGGCAGCCCUGGCAAAGCACAAAGAAAGAAAGAUGGCGGUGCCGAUGCCUUCGAAGAGGCGGUCGCUUGUGGUCCAGAGCUCCAUGGACGCCUACACACCACCAGACACCUCCUCAGGCUCAGAGGGCGAAGGUCAGGGGGACGGUGAUGAAGAAGAGGGAGGAGAAGGUGAAGAAGAAGACGGAGGAGGCGGCGGAGGAACCUCGUCCAGCCAGGAAGGAAGCAUUAGCAUGGAGCACUGGAUCAGCAGGGCAAUCCACGGCACCUCCUCCACCACCACCACCUCGUCAACAGCCUCCUCGUCCUCGUCCUCCACACGCAGCGGCGGGAGCGGGGCAGCGGCCGGCAGGCUGGCUGACGUGCUGGCCCAGCAUGUUCACAUUUCCUCCUCCCACCACCACCGCCACCACCAUCACCACCACCACCACAGUAAAGGCCUUUUAAGCCACCUCUCCUUGAGAAGGAGGAGGGCAGUGCCAGCUGGUAUGAUAGAGAAUGGAAACUCUGGUCCACGACGCUCCG